AGCUUUUUUAUAUUGACGACCAGCUUCGUACGUUAAACCCGCGUCCCGUGUAAUUUACAUGCACGGUUUAAUAGCUAAUAAACGAGAUUAAUUAAUAAAAAAAAUUGCUAUUUUUGUGCAUAGCUAUGAGAUGGAUGAAAAGCGCAUAAAUAUUUCUGCGAAUAAUGGAUGUAAGUUCGUUAGUUCCGGCAGGUCUUCAAAGUAGGCAAACAGAUGGAUGCGACGUUCAAGCGGGAUAUAAUAAGUUUUCCGAAAAUUUGCGAAGAUUUACACCACAGUCUAUACAGUGCGCCAUUUUUUGCGGUGGAUCCAGGUGCAAGUAUGAAAAUCCAAAGGCUUGGCCACCUGUCCACAUGGCAAUACAAAACAUCUUUUCGCAUUGGGUGACUGAUGAUGUCCUUGCGAUGGCACGGCCUAACACGGCUCAGAUAAUAAAGAAAGAUAUAAUUGCCCAAUUUCAAGGUUGGAGUAUAAAAACUAUAAUAAACUUGCAAACACCUGGCGAACACGCGAGUUGUGGAGGUCCACUCGAAGAGAGCGGUUUCACAUAUGAUCCCAAUAUUUUUAUGAAAAAUAACAUAUACUAUUAUAAUUUUGCCCUGAAGGAUUAUGGUGAUGCUACAAUGGGAAAACUCCUGGAUAUGGUCAAGGUUGUGGCCUUCGCCGUACAAGAAGGAAGAGUAGCCAUUCACUGUCAUGCUGGUCUCGGCAGAACUGGCGUUCUGAUCGCGUGCUACCUUAUUUACAGUCUUCGUGUGAGGGCAAACGAUGCUAUAAGAUUUGUCCGUAUGAAACGUCCGUCCGCCAUACAAACGCGCGGACAGAUACAUUGCAUUCAGGAAUUCGAGCACUUCGUGCUUCCGCAGAUGAUAGUAUUCCCUUUACACAGUACAACCGGAGAUCGCAAACCCUACAGUCUUCAAACAUACCUGAAGAAGCAGUACAACAUGUUACACGGAUAUGAGCAACGCAACUUUAAGCAUAUUCCAAAAAUUGUUUUCAUUAUUUGCGAACGGAUACUGCAACUCUGCGAUUGUCAAGAAGACAAUUCGCCUUCCGAAAUUUCAUAUACGAUUUCCAAUGUGCCUUUCACACAAAAAUUUAUCUGUCACGUGUUGGAGAAAUUCCGUGAUAGCACGGGCAACAUACGGCACUCCUAUUCGUGGGCGGAAUCCCUUACGGACUCAUCCUACGAAUAUUCAAUAUCCACUAAAGCGGGUGGUAGUAGUCAAGGAUCAUCCCGAGAUACUUGUGAUGAUAUAGGAAGAUUGAGCGACGUAUUUUGCGUGUCACCGGAUACCCCUUCCUGUCUCGAUGAUAGUUGCAUAGAUGAUGUCCUAGGUGAUGGUAUUCACGAUCAAGAUCUACUUGAUAAUGAUUGUUAUAAAGAAAUUCAGUCACAUAUGGAUUUAAAAAAUGUUGCCCGCAAUGAUUAUGAAACGGUGACUGCCGAGGAAGCUAUCAAAGCACUCAUCGGAAAUAGCGCAUCUCUUCCGGAUCCCAUAAAAAAACGUUUGCACAACUAUCAGAGUGAUUUAAAUCAUCGAUGUACCGCCUGGCAACGAUUAGAAUUGGAAACUAAUCUUGAGAUACUGUCAACACUGUUGUUCGAGUGGCUGGAGGGUCUUAAACAUCCGCUCCUGGAUGUUGAUAGUCUUAGUUAUAUUGUCGUGUGGAGUUCAAAGCCACAGCGGUGUCUUGGAAAAUUGUCCGUCUGCACAAGAUACUUAUUAGAAUAUCUUUUGCGAUUUAUUACCCGCUUAAGGCCUGUGACAUCGGAAAGUCAGAGCUUAAUUACUAAAAGACUUAUGGCAGCACUCACACAACAAACAAUCUGGAUCAAGAAUUCUUUUCAUCCUUCAAAUAAAAAUUUUCAAAAAUUACGACGUGGCACCGCUGGAAAACUCAAUGAAUUUUUCGUGCGCUUGAUGAACUUGAUAGAGGAAGUUAACACUCAAGAAUUGGACAAACCCCCAUGGGCAUCUAAAUGGGAAUUAUUAUCCAAACAUUUGCGUGACAUGGAUAAUCAGAAAAAUAAUGAAUAAGUAUAAUAAAUUGACAUUUACUAUUCUGACGAAUUUCUUUCUAAUGACGUAGGUAUGUCCUUUAUUUUUUGUGUUUUAUUAGAUAUGGAUUAAAGAAAAUAAUUUAUAAUUUCUACAACUUUUAUUUACAAUAACUAACUAGCUAACUCUUGUAAGCUCUAGCUAAACUGUAAAAAUGCCUUAUCUUUAAUAACAGCUGCAAAUAGUUAUACAAGCAGACUUUGAUACAUUGAGAUUAAAGGGAUAUAAGAAUUUUGUAAUAAUAUAAAAUAUAGUACUAAACAGUAUCUUUUAUUACUGUAUAUUUUAAUCUUAUAUUAAUACUGUAAAUUAUACCUAUUCUGCUUGAAAAAAAAAAAACGACAAUCGCGCACUGCAAAAUACUAUUUGUAAGCAUUAUCAUUAAAAUUUGUGAUAAUGUUAGAAGAAUUGACUUCCAAUACUAGCAGUGACAAUUUCUAGAUUGCUUAAUUUAAUAAUUAUGUAUUAUAAAACAGGGAUGUAAUUUUUCUUAACUAAUUCUGAA